UAGGAAUUCAUUUGAUUUUAGUUUUUAAUAUCUGUUUUAAUAUAUAUUUAAUGAGUUUUGUUUUAAUAUAAUUUUUAAUACAAUUCUUGGCGAUAAUGUUUAAUUUAUACGCGUCUUGGGAUAGCUAUGAGGCCGACGAAGACGUUGCCUGUGAUGUCGACCGUUCAAUUUCUUUGGCGUCCUUUCGUCGUAAUGUCGACACCAAUGGCUCUAUUCGUCGCAUACCUGAGCCCAUCAUUCCGGACGCCAUCCAAGAAAUUGAAGAAAUAAAAGAUUGCGAUUUGGAGGCUAACUGUGAGAUACAAGAGCCGGUCGUUGGGGCCGUUGCGGCCGUUGAAAUCGUCAACGCUUACUAUAGUUAUGGCAAAAAGAAGAAAGUUGUGAACGCUUUGCAAGGCAUCAGUUUGACAGUUCCCGAGGGCUCUAUUUACGGACUCCUGGGUCCGAGUGGUUGUGGAAAGACAUCAUUACUUCGUUGUAUUGUCGGUCGUCUUCACCCAAAAGAA